AUGCUUAGCUGGCUUCAAGCUCUCCAUUGUUGGUUUUUAAUGGGAUUUUGUGUGCUUUGUGAGACCAUAGUUUUCAGUUUGGCCAAAUUGAACAAAUAACACUGCUUUUCUCUCUCUCAAAACAAAAUUUGAUCACUCUUUUUUUCCCACUAUUCUCUUUCUCCUCUCUAUGUGUUUUCUUGAAUCACUUCAUCAUCAUCCUCAAAGAAAGUUAGAGAAAAACAAACAAAAAAACUGUUCAAUACUAACUUUACUUUCUUUUGAUUUGAUAGUUUCACAGAUCUAAACCACUUUUCACUUUCAGAUCUUCAAAGGACUUGUAGUAUUACAACAAAAGCAAAGUUGAGAUUUUUAAGAGCAAAAUUGGAAGUAUAAGACCAGGCAAAUGUGGAGACAUUGGAUGGUGUUUUGGAUGAGAUGAGGUAUGAUAUCUGGAUUAAUGAACAUAUUAAGGGCCUGUUUUCAGCCAAGGGCAAAUGGACAUGUUCAUACAAGUUCAGAUGCCGGUGGUCGGCAAGACGGGCUUUUAUGGUAUAAAGAUACAGGGCAACAUGUAAAUGGAGAGUUUUCAAUGGCUGUAGUUCAAGCUAAUAAUCUACUCGAAGAUCAGAGCCAAAUCGAAUCAGGAAGCUUGAGCUUGCAGGAUUCUGUUGGGCCAUAUGGUACUUUUAUUGGAAUUUAUGAUGGGCAUGGAGGACCUGAAACUUCAAGGUUCAUUAAUGAACACCUCUUUCAAAAUCUCAAGAGGUUUACAUCUGAGCACCAGUCUAUGUCUGUUGAGGUGAUUCGGAAAGCAUUUCAAGCAACAGAAGAUGGUUUCCUCUCUGUUGUGACUAAACAAUGGCCGACCAAACCACAAAUUGCUGCUGUUGGAUCGUGUUGUCUUGUUGGAGUUAUCUGCAAUGGAACAUUAUAUAUAGCCAACCUUGGUGAUUCAAGGGCAGUAUUAGGGAGACUUGUUAAGUCAACUGGCGAGGUUCUCUCGAUUCAGCUCUCUGCAGAACACAAUGUGAGCAUUGAAUCUGUAAGACAAGAGAUGCAAUCUUUGCAUCCAGAUGAUUCACAAAUUGUAGUUUUAAAGCACAAUGUCUGGCGUGUCAAGGGGCUUAUACAGAUUUCGAGAUCCAUUGGUGAUGUGUACUUAAAGAAAGCUGAAUUCAACAGGGAGCCAUUGUAUGCUAAGUUUCGCCUUCGAGAACCAUUUGGGAAGCCCAUAUUGAGCUCAGAUCCCGCAAUUUCAGAGCACGAGUUGCAACCUCACGAUCAGUUUAUCAUAUUUGCAUCGGAUGGUCUCUGGGAGCACCUAAGUAACCAAGGCGCAGUCGACAUUGUACAAAAUCACCCACGAAAUGGGAUAGCUAAAAGGUUAGUGAAAACUGCACUACAAGAAGCAGCAAAGAAAAGGGAAAUGAGGUAUUCAGACUUGAAGAAAAUCGAUCGUGGAGUUCGUCGACAUUUCCAUGAUGACAUCUCGGUGGCGGUUGUGUUCCUCGACUCGAAUCUCGUGAGCCGGGCUAGCUCGGUCAAGAGUCCUAAUAUUUCUGUAAAAGGAGGUGGCAUAAGUUUGCCUACAAAGACUACUCCAACAUAAGUUGGUGCAACUUUAUGAAGCUGUUGUUGUUGCACUAUGUAUCUUGUGAAUACCAGGUGGGCUUCUACAAGUUCAAAAGCAGGCCAACAAUUUUUUUAAACUGUAAUCUAACUGAGACUAGUACUUGGAUUUAGUUCCUGUGCCCAAGAAAGGGGCUGGAAAAAAAAGAGUAUCUUCACAAAUAUCAGUUGAGUUGUUUCCUUGAAGUAAUUUCUUCUUGCUUCAAUUAUUCCUCGGGUAUAAUAUUUCCUUGAAGUAAUUUCCUAAUUUCAUUUGGCUUUUGUAUAAUAUUUAGUUAGCUGGAGGUUGUAAAUGCCUUAAAUCCUUCUGUCCUUUGAAGGGGAAUUUGGUUUGUAGACAAGUUAUACCGGGAUUGUAUUGUAGGAUUAAAUAAUGACGGAAUGAUUCAUGGAUAUAUAUUUUUAUUAGUAGA